UUUUCUGCAAAAGUAGACAUUGACUUGAAGUCUUCUCAGCUGAACCAGAACUCACACCACAAAUUAACAAAAUAAAAUUCCAUAAAUAUCUAGUGAUGUUCUUGAUUUUUUCAACAAAUCAUAUUUCCUUUUGCAAUGGCUAAUUCUUUUUCGUAUCUUCUACUAGUAAUAUUUCUCCUUUUUCUUCUUCCAUUACACAAUUUAGCUCAAAAUAAUGGUAGGGUAGCUACUAGUAGUUCUAUUACUGCAACAGAUGGAAGUACCCCAUGGCUUUCAUCAUCUGGUGAUUUUGCAUUUGGGUUCCAAAAUUUUCAAGAUAAUAAAGAUCAGUUCUUGCUUUGUAUAUGGUAUGCAAAAUUACAAGAAAAAACUAUAGUCUGGCAUGCAAAUAUGAGUGAUCCAGUGCCACAAGGAUCAAGAUUGAAUCUUGAUCCUCAAAGGGGUCUAAUACUUAGUGAUCCUCAAGGGACUAACCUUUGGAAAACUGAUUUGGUUGAUGGUAAUAUUGUCUAUGCACUCAUGAAUGAUACUGGGAAUUUUGUUAUCAUGGGAAGAGGUUCUACUGAUCCAUUGUGGGAAAGUUUUAGAAAUCCAACUGAUACUAUGUUGCCAACUCAAACAUUGGAAAGAGGAAGCUUCCUUGUUUCUCGAAAGUCAGAAGCUAAUUUCACUCAAGGUAGGUUUUAUCUUCGCAUGUUUGAUAACGGGAAUUUGGGGCUUGUUACACAAAGUGUGCCUUCCAAUUCAGAUUAUGAUGAUCUGUACUAUAGCAGUCAAACUUCUAACACAACAAAUGCAACCAAUUCUGGGGAUAAGUUGGUUUUUCAAGAGAAUGGCCUGAUAUACGUAUUGAACCGAAACAAUCAAAGGCAAAUUCUUAAUUCCGAAUCCGUUCCUCCAGCUUCAGACAAUUACCAUCGCGUGACUCUUAACUUUGAUGGUGUUCUUACUCAUUAUUAUCAUUCAAGGAAUUCUAAUAGCAGUGGCUGGAAUGUUUUGUGGUCUCAACCGGAUAAUAUAUGCAAAAUUACGGGACAGAAAGGACCUGGUGCUUGUGGUUACAACAAUGUAUGCAAUCUUCGCACAAACAAGAGACCUGUUUGUAACUGUCCAAAAGGAUAUACACUGCUUGAUCCAAACGAUGCUUAUGGCGACUGCAAACCGGAUUUUCCUCUAAGUUGUGAUGUUGUUACGAGGGGUUCGCCUGAAGAUUCUUAUAGCCUUCUUCUGGUCCGUGAUACUGAUUGGCCAUUAUCUGACUUUCAGCAAAUUAGCCCUUCUACUGAAGAAAACUGCCAAAGUGCUUGUUUGCAUGACUGUUUUUGUGCUGUUGCCAUUUAUAGAAACAAUAGCUGCUGGAAAAAGAAACUGCCAUUGUCAAACGGGAGAAUAGAAGACAGUUUGAAUGCGAAAGCUUUUAUCAAAAUAAGUAAAGACGGUGUCCCUCGGCCUUUAAGUCCUGGCCUUCCAAAUAACCCAGGAUCUUGUCAAAGCAAGAAUUGGCGAAUUUGGGCAAUUUUGGCGUCCUCACUCUUAGGUAGCUCGGUCUUGGUAAAUAUUGUGCUCAUUAGUGUAUUCUGUUGGGGAUUCUUCCACAUUUACAAAAAGAGAGUGAACGAAUUUCGCCCUACAAGUCACGUGACUGACUCUGUCUGUCACAAUUUUACGUACAAAGAACUUGUUGAAGCCACGAAAGAGUUCAAGGAAGAGAUAGGCAGGGGUGCAUUCGGGAUUGUUUAUAAAGGGGUAAUGUCUGUCGGUUCAAGAAAUGUAGUCGCUAUAAAGAAGCUGGACAGAGUUGCUCAUGAGGCAGAGAAAGACUUCAUGACUGAAGUAAAUGUGAUUAGUCAGACUCAUCACAAGAAUUUGGUCCGUCUGAUCGGAUAUUGUAACGAGGGACCUCAUCGUUUGUUGGUCUACGAGUAUAUGAGUAACGGCACUCUUGCAAGUUUCAUUUAUGGUGAUCCAAAACCAAACUGGAGCCAGAGGACUAAAAUUGCAACGGGGAUUGCACGGGGCCUUGCGUACCUCCACGAAGAAUGCAGUCAGCAGAUUAUUCAUUGCGACAUUAAGCCUCAAAACAUUCUCCUUGAUGAUUAUCAUAUUGCUCGAAUAUCAGAUUUCGGAUUGUCUAAACUGCUGAUGAUCAACCAGAGUCGAACGAAUACUGAUAUUAGAGGGACAAGAGGUUAUGUUGCUCCGGAAUGGUUCAGGAAUUGUUCGGUCACAGUUAAGGUGGACGUUUACAGCUUUGGUGUAUUGCUACUAGAGAUCAUCACUUGUCGGAAAUGUUUGAAGGAUGAGGAAAGCUAUGGACCAGAGGCAAUUCUUACGGAUUGGGUUCUGGAUUGCUUUCAAGAAGGGAAAUUGGAAGCUUUGGUGCAAAGUGACAUUGAGGCCUUGAAUGACAGGAAGCAGCUCGAGAGGUUCGUGAUGGUUGGUAUUUGGUGCAUUCAAGAGGAUCCGUCGACGAGGCCUACGAUGAGGAAGGUCUGUCAAAUGCUUGAAGGAGCUGUUGAAGUGACUGUUCCACCAUGUCCAUAUAAUAUUAGCAUUACUAUUUAAUAUCAUAAGCCUCAUUUAUGCGCGAUUUCCUCCUCUGUAUGUCUUAUUAUUAUUCAAGUUGUCUAGCUAUAUUACUUGCUUUCAUGUUGAAUGUGUUUAAAUAGUAAUGAUCUAUAUUGCUUGGACUCUUUAAAAA